AGUAAAAAUUAAUUGAAUAAUGUCAGAGAAGGGAAGAAUGACUACAUUUCAGUUUAGGAAGAUUAUUUCUGAGAACAGAAGAAAUCAAAGACCCUCGACUGCGAAACGGAAAUAAAGUUAAGAGCUUUGAUUCUAGAAAGUUUUGUCCAACUAAGAGAGGGAAGAAGGAUAUCAGAAGUAGCGUAGAUGAUUCCAUCUCUGAAUGGCCUCCCUUCCAGAAUGAAGCCUUUAUAAAAAUAAAAAUUUCAAAAUCCAAGAGAAAAGAGAGGAGGGUAUUCUCAGCCAAAAGACGUGGUUGAGGAAAAAAUAAAUAAAACAUCAAUUAUUACGGGAAAGAAUUCUAUAAAUCUGGCAAAUUUCACGUUUGAUGCCAAAUAUUGCAAUAAGAAUAAAAACGCAUCCAAUUUUUGAUUUAACACACCUAUAAAAGUAGACUCUAAGGUUAUUUCACAGGUAAAGGAAGUCGUAGUCCCGUCACUUCAAAACUUUAAGACAGAUCCAAAAUUGUUCUUUAGCCCUAAAAACGUGAAGUCUUUAAAGAAGUUGUUUGAGUCAAAACAUUAUAAGUAUGGGUCAAAAAGAGAAGGCAGCAGAAGAGUUGCCCUUUCUUUGAAAAGUGCCAAAAAGGAUACUACUAAUAAGAGGAUUACAUCUGCAUGAAGAGAUAUAGACAAAAAGCACCAAGAAGAAGGUAUUAUGAGAAGGAACAAAUUACUUAUCGAGCAUGUUAUCCAGCAAAGAAUUAAGAAUCAAAGGAGAUAUGAACCAUUUAGUGCCCGUAGGAUUAUAUUUUAG